AGCGGCGACGCUGCGGGAGCUCCGGCGGCCGCGAUCCUAAUGGCUGCGCGCGGGCCGCGCUGAGCGCGGGCGGAGAGCGACGGGCGUGGGGCUGCGGAGAGCGAGAGCGAGCGCGGCCGGACCCUGGCCAGGCCCCGCCCGACCGGCCGAGCCCGCGAUGCGCCCCGGGGUCUCCCCCCGGCGCAGCUGACGCCGCGGCCCGCGGAGACCCCGGCCGGUCGGCCCCGAAGAGCGGCCACCCCGGCCCAGGCCGCGAUGGCGGGGAAGGCAGCCGCCCCGGGCACCGCGGUGCUGCUGGUCACGGCCAACGUGGGCUCGCUCUUCGACGACCCAGAAAACCUCCAGAAGAACUGGCUGCGGGAAUUUUAUCAGGUCGUGCACACGCACAGGCCGCACUUCCUGGCCCUGCACUGCCAGGAGUUCGGAGGGAAGAACUAUGAAGCCUCCAUGUCGCACGUGGACAAGUUCGUCAGAGAGCUGCUGUCCGGUGAUGCGAUGAAAGAGUAUAACAGGGCGCGGGUCUACCUGGAUGAAAACUACGAGUCCCAGGAACACUUCACGGCACUAGGAAGCUUUUACUUUCUUCACGAAUCCUUAAAAAACAUCUCCCAGUUUGACUUUAAAGCCAAGAAGUAUAAAAAAGUCACUGGUAAGGAGAUCUACUCAGACACGCUGGAGAGCACGCCCAUGCUGGAGAAAGAGAAGUUUCCGCAGGACUACUUCCCCGAGUGCAAGUGGUCGAGGAAAGGCUUCAUCCGGACGAGGUGGUGCCUUGCGGACUGUGCCUUCGACUUGGUGAACAUCCAUCUUUUCCACGAUGCUUCCAACCUGGUUGCCUGGGAGACCAGCCCUUCUGUGUACUCGGGGAUCCGGCACAAGGCCCUGGGCUACGUGCUCGACAGAAUCAUUGACCAGCGAUUCGAGAAAGCGUCCUACUUUGUCUUUGGCGAUUUCAACUUCCGACUGGAUUCCAAGUCCGUGGUGGAGACUCUCUGCACAAAGGCCACGAUGCAGACCGUCCGGGCCGCCGACACCAACGAAGUCGUGAAGCUGAUAUUCCGAGAGUCGGACAACGACCGGAAGGUGAUGCUCCAGCUCGAGAAGAAGCUCUUUGACUACUUCAACCAGGAGGUCUUCCGGGACGACAACGGCACCGCGCUCUUAGAAUUUGACAAAGAGCUGUCUGUCUUUAAGGACAGACUGUAUGAACUGGACAUCUCGUUCCCUCCCAGCUACCCAUACAGUGAGGACUCCAGCCAGGGCAGGCAGUACAUGAACACCCGGUGCCCCGCCUGGUGUGACCGUGUCCUUAUGUCCCCGUCCGCCAAGGAGCUGAUUCUGAGGUUGUAAAUCAGAGCCAGAGUCACACUGGGGCUUGAGAAGUUGCAGAUGCACGGCCAGCACUCAGGAGGCAGCCCCGUGAGACCGGGUGCACGGCCAGCGCUCAGGAGGCAGCCCCGUGCGACCGGCACGGCCAGCGCUCAGGAGGCAGCCCCGUGAGACCGGGUGCACGGCCAGCGCUCAGGAGGCAGCCCCGUGAGACCGGGUGCACGGCCAGCGCUCAGGAGGCAGCCCCGUGAGACCGGGUGCACGGCCAGCGCUCAGGAGGCAGCCCCGUGAGACCGGGUGCACGGCCAGCGCUCAGGAGGCAGCCCCGUGAGACCGGGUGCACGGCCAGCGCUCAGGAGGCAGCCCCGUGAGACCGGGUGCGGAGAGUUUGAGCUUCCUGGAGCUUCUCGAUCUCCCGGGGUUUUUCAAUGCCCACAUUUAACACAAGAGGACUGCUCUAGAGAAUCAAUAUCUGCAUUGGUUUUGUCAACCCCAUCAGUGAAAAAAUAUAAUAACGAGGUGCAUUGAUUCAUCAGGGCAGCGGUCUGGCCUCUGCGUGAUGUGGGCCGCCAGUUAGGAGGGGGCAGGAGGUCCCCACGGCCCAGGCCAUCCCCCAACCUCAACCCAGUACGUUUUGGGCUCUAGUCACCACCCUCCACAGCCCCCGAGGCUGCUGCAAGGAGCCCUGUCUGUGCCACUGGGCCCCGGGCCCUUUACCCAGAGACGCAGCCAGGAGGGCAGAGCCCCCUUGGCCUGCCCAGGUGCACGCCCGUCCCCCUGCUCAGCAGCCCCUGCAGCCCCCCUCCAGGAGGCCCCGCUGCUGGCCUUUCCGGGGCGGGCCGGCCCUCCACGCUCUGCCUUGAGCCAGAGCCCCCGGGUGCGUGGGGAGGGAGGCCGCUGGGCCCGGGUUGGAGGUGGGGACGCAUCGGGUCUGCGGUGAGCUUGCUCUGACGGGGCCUGGGGGCAAGGGCCUGCGCCCGGCUGUGACACACCCGCCCCCAGAGCACAUCACAGAGGACAGGCGCUGGCUGGGCUACUCCCACAAGCAGCCUUCCCGAAGGGAGCUGCACGGGACACUGGCCCUGACCACACAGACCCGGGCAAGCAUGCCUGGUGCCCGGCCCCGGAUGCAGCCCUGCCCUCUCUGCUGGGCCUGCCCUUGGGGCCCUGAGAUGCCAUGUGAGGACAUAGCGGCUCACACCGGCAGGCGAGCUGAGCACAGGGCUGCGUCCAGAGAGAGUGCCUCAGGGGCCUCGGGGCGCAGAGAAGAGGUGAGUGUCCUCUUCCAGGGAAAAAGACAUCCUGCGGUAAACCCACCAAGACAGCAGGAGUGCAUAGGAUGGUGAGGGGGUUGCCCAGGGCUGCAGACGCGUCCAGCAGAAGGCGGCACUGCAGGCUGUGUUACCUGCGUUCACAUCAUGGCAGCUUCGGGGCCCGAGAUUUGAUGCUGCAGACACAGCGGGGACAGAGCUCGGCUGGGUGGCCCAGUGUGGGGAGGGCCCAGCGCCUUCCUUGGUGGGGGGGGAGCCCCGGCAGGCCUUCCCCUGGGGGCUGCCCGGCGGGCGGCAGGCGUCGCCAGCCCCCUGGCCGUGGCGCGAACAGCUUCCGCGGCGUCAUCCAUCAUGCCACGCUACGCUCGGUCACCUCGGCAUCAUGUUCCUUCUGCUUCCCGGCCCCGGAACACGGAGGUGGCGGGCGUGCUGAUGAACGCGCGGCGAGGUGUGCGGCGCCCGCUAAUUUGUUUAUCUGUCUCACGAUUGUGCACUUGGAAAUCACAGUUUCAUGCUGCCUUUGUAAAUUACCACGCUGCGCUUGAGCGUUUCCCCACUCCGGGGAGGUGCUGUGAUGGCGAAGGAUGCGCAGAGGGUCUCUCUUUAUGCCUUCUGGCAGCGACCGUGCUGGAAGGGAAAUCUGACCUUAAGCUUCCCGCUGCAUUAAAGAUGAUUCAGUUUAUAGUCUCAGUCGCUUCAGCCGAGGGUGUGAAACCCUGGCCCAGCCGGAGCCACAGCCGACCGACCGCGGGAACACAGCCUUGGCCGCACACCUGGAGUUGAGGUGCCUGUAGGCCGGCAGAGGAGGGAGGGCGCCCUGUGCACACAGCCCUGCGUCACUGGGCGCAGACCGCUGGGUGCGGCAGCGUGGCGUUCGGGGAGUCUGUUCUCGUUUGAACAGGGAGUUCUGGGUCACCAACAAAUGGCAACAGGGCAAACAGGAACCGGUGGGCUUCCUCAGUGCCGGGGGCACGGCUGGAAAGAAAGCUCACAGCUGCCCCGACUGCGGCGAGCAUGGUCCAGGGCCCGGCCCAGAGGCAGAGGGGAGCUCGGGCUCCACACCAGCGGCCCGUGUCGCCACCUCCCAAGGCCGGAGCCCUCCCACCUGGGACAGCCAGGUGCCGAGGUGCUGCCCGGACUGCCCGGACCUCCCUCCUAGGGCCCAGAGGCACACUGGCGGCUCUGAGCCGGCCAGAGCCCCACGGAGACGUGGGCGGGGUGGCCACGGGCGGAGCAUCGCUGGGCUGCGUCCCGCUCACUGCUCUCCCAGGAAACCCCACCAUUUCCGCCUCCCAUGCCUCUCCCUCUGUUUGCUUU